CACCAGCAAUCGUCUGAUAAGCUUUAGCUUCGAGUCCUCCACGCCGGAAUCGCAAAGAACGGUCCCUUUCCACCACCAUGAAGACAUUCGUCGCUAUUGCUGUCGUUGCCCUCAUCGCUGGCACUUUCGCCCUCACGAUUGACCAGAAAAAGAAGGCCGAAGGACACGCGGCCGAAUGCGUCAAGUCGACCGGUGUCCCGCCGGAGACGGCGGCCAAGCUGAAGGGUGGUGAUUUUGCCGGUGCCGACGACAAGACCAAGUGCUUCGCCAAGUGCUUCCUCGAGAAGGCCGGCUUCAUGACGGACAAGGGCGAUUUUGAUGAGAAAACCAUCAUCGAGAAGCUGUCGGUCGACCACGAUCGGGCGAAGGUGGAGGGACUGGUGAAGAAGUGCAACCACAAGGAGGCCAACCCGUGCGAGACGGCCUUCAAGGCGUACCAGUGCAUCUACGCCGCCAAGGGUUCGGUCGUCUAAGCCUCUAAGACACUCCCGUAGGAUGUUUCCAUUGUUUUUGGUUGUUGAAAUUCUGUUGAUAAAUUA